GCAUCGUCGGGUUUCUAAACUUGUACAAAUUGCUUGAGGACUGAGGUCUUUUUCUGCCCCAAUUCACAGCCCCCAUUCCCAACAAUCAGUAGCGGAAAACCUAACCCCUGAGAUGGCGAAGCGGACUGAGGGGAUGGAGAUGUUAACAGACGAAGAUCUUUUAACCGAGGUGCUCUCUAGACUCCCUGUAAAAUACUUACUCCAAUGCAAAGCCGUGUCAAAACCCUGGUACUCUCUCAUUUCCAGCCCUAGUUUCAUCAAAUCUCAUUAUCAACGUCAUGCUAUUACAAUCAACCGCGCUGUAGAUGAUAAUAAUGAACAAGGUCCUACUCUCAUUGUACGCCUUUUCAAAGGAGAAGAUCUUGAUGACCAUCCAGAAGAAGACGGCUCCUAUUCACUAUUCCGGCUCGGUACUACUGAUGAUUAUAUAGCCAAGCUUAAGUUUCCUUUCUCCAGAGGUGAUUAUCCCUUCACGCCUCCCUCUAUUCUCGUUGGUUGUGUUUGCGGAAUUGUUUGUGUUUGUGUUGAUCCCUCUGCUCCUAUUGAUGCUAAUUAUUGCUUGCCUACUCCUGAUAAAGCUACUGAUAUAUACAUUUGGAAUCCCGCAACUAGGCAGUCCAAACUCAUUCCCUCGCAUGCUCUUUACGAUCGUGAUGGUAUGAAUAAAGUUGCUUUAGGCUUCGGGUUUGAUCCCGUUGAUUUUGAUUUUAAGGUUGUUAGGGUUGUAUCUCGUGCUAUUUUUCCUCAGGUCUAUUCUGCAAAUAGAGAUGCUUGGCAAAACAUUGAGACUAACUUGACUGAUUUUCCCGAAGAAUUUAUAUUUCAUAUAUGCCUCCAUGGAUUUUUGUUUACCGCGGGACAGAAUGGUAUGAUAGCUUUCGAUCUAAACAAGGAGGUGUUUAUUUGUGAUAUCAAACUUCCUGAAUGCUCCAUUGACCCGGGUGAAGAAUGUUAUCAUGCUCGAAUUGCUGACUUCAAGGAUUCUAUUGCUGUCAUUAUCUCUCAUGACGAGGAGCUCAGUGGAAAAAUUAACUUGUGGACACUAGAUGACGAGGCAUGCCUUCGUGGUGGUAGAGUUAAGGCAUCAUGGACUUUCAUGCUUAGUAUUGAUGUAGUAUUCAAGUAUACAGAGAACCAGCAAAUGCUUUUAGUCACGAAAUCAAAACUAGUCAGUUGGUCUGAUGAUGAAGAAGAUUUUGGUGAGGAAAGUAGCAUUAAUUUUGAAAAUGUCUAUGAUGAUUUUAUUGGUAUUUCAGAUGAUAGUGAGGAAAGUAAUUAAGAAGAUGAUAAUGAAGAAAGAACCGCUGAUUUCGAAGACAAUGAGAGGAGUAAUAUUAUCUCUUAAGAUGAUAAUGAGGAAACAAACGGAGAUUCUGAAGAUGAUAAUGCAGAAAAUACCUAAGAUCCUGGCAGUUAAUGAUGGCAUUACUCAUCUUAGUCAGUGCUUUUUUCCGUUCAUUUCCCUCAGUUUAUUGCACAUUUUCGAAAUUAUAUGUGGAAUAAUUUGAUGUUUCUUUUCAUGAGUUGGACAUGAUAAAUAUCUGGUAUAAGUCUGCUUGUUCUGUUCAGUUCUUGGAAAAAUUUUGGGCUAUGUACAUGCUACUGGUGUGUGCUAUAAUUAACCAUAUUAGCUAUUGGAUUAAAUAAAGCAAUUUGCAAGGUUCAAGUUUAGUAUGUUAUUGUAAAGUUUGUUUUCAUUUGGAAAAAAUAACACAUAAUAAUGUGAACUUGUUCAG